CCUAAAUUCGCUCCGCCGCCUACACGCAACCGCCGCCAUGUCUACCGUUUCAAAGAAGCCGAUCGUGAUCUAUGGCCCCUCGGGCACUGGCAAGAGCACCCUGCUCAAGCGCCUGUUCGCUGACUACCCCGUGUCCAACACCACCCGCCAGCCGCGCACCGGCGAGGUCGACGGCAAGGACUACCAUUUCCUGACCCGCGAGCAGUUCAUUGCUGCUGUCAACAACAACGAGUUCAUCGAGCACGCCGAGUUCUCGGGCAAUAUGUACGGCACCACGAUCCAGUCAGUCAAGGAUGUCGCCACCUCUGGCAAGACGUGCAUCCUGGAUAUUGAUACGCAGGGCGUGGCCCUGGUGAAGAAGACCGAUAUGGGAUGCUCCGAGGACGAGCUGGAGCGCCGGCUGCGUGGGCGUGGCACUGACGACGAGAGCAGCAUUCAGAAGCGCCUGGCCACUGCCAAGAAGGAGCUCGAGUUCGCCAAGCAGCCCAAUGCGUACGACGUCAAGAUUGUCAACGAGGAUGUCGAGAAGGCGUACAAGGAGCUGGUCGAUUUCAUCUUUGAGAAGAACUAGAGUAGAGAAAGAAAAGGUUAUGCCUGCAUGAUGUAUAAA